GAUUAGCCCACAAAAAAGCACAUAGAGACAGAGACAAAAGCGCCAAAGAUUAACACCAACAACAAAAUCGUUAAACAAAACAAAAUAGAAGCUUCUUGUUAUUUGUUGUGCUGAGAACACCGUGUGUUCUGCGUUGGGAGUUCAAAACAGAACCCGCAACUUCAUUCAUCCGUACAUAAUUCUAAUUCCAAUCUAGGGUUCCAUGAGUUCAAUCCUCCAUUCAAUUCAACCACCUUCUUUUACCAUCUUUGGUUUUCACGCCCAAUUUGAAUUUGAAUUUGAAUAAAUGAUCUCCACCAAUUUAACUGGUUUAGUGUUGGCGAUGAUUUCCAGUGCUUUCGUUGGUUCCAGUUUCAUCAUCAAGAAAAAGGGUCUCCAACUCGCUAGGGUCAACGGUCCCCCUGCCAGUGUUGGAGGGUAUGGUUAUUUGCUUCAACCUCUCUGGUGGGUCGGAAUGGUUACCAUGAUUGUUGGAGAGAUAGCGAAUUUUGUAGCAUACAUCUAUGCCCCUGCUGUGCUUGUCACUCCAUUAGGUGCUUUGAGUAUUAUUGUUAGUGCUGUCUUGGCACAUUUCCUCUUGAAGGAAAAGCUACUGAAAAUGGGCAUGCUAGGGUGUCUUCUAUGCAUUAUAGGAUCCAUUAUUAUUGUACUCCAUGCACCGGAAGAGAUGUCUCUUAGUUCUGUACAACAGAUAUGGAAAUUGGCCAUUCAACCUGCAUUCCUCUCGUACACGGCAUCUGCAAUUGCCGUAACAUUGUUCUUGGUUUUGUAUUGUGCUCCUCGCUUUGGCCAAACUAAUAUUUUGGUUUAUAUUGGAAUUUGCUCUAUAAUUGGCUCGUUGACUGUUAUGAGUGUAAAAGCAAUCGGCAUCGCAAUAAAACUUACAUUUGAAGGUGCAAACCAGUUUUUCUAUUUUCAAACAUGGGUUUUUACAAUGGUUGCUAUUACCUGUGUCAUUGCUCAACUUAAUUACCUUAAUAUGGCAUUGGAUAACUUUAACACAGCAGUUGUUUCUCCAAUCUAUUAUGCAUUGUUCACAGCUUUUACAAUAUUAGCCAGUGCAAUUAUGUUUAAGGACUAUUCUGGUCAAAGUAUAAGCAGUAUUGUAUCAGAGCUAUGUGGUUUCAUAACUGUUUUAUCUGGAACAACUCUAUUGCACAGUACAAAAGAGCCAGAUCCUCCAGUCAAUCCAGAUUUGUAUACACCAUUGUCUCCAAGAGUAUCAUGGUAUAUCCAAGGCAACAAUGAAUCAUGGAAACAGAAGGAGGAAGAUGUGUCACCGUUUAAUUUAAUAGCAAUUAUACGGCAAGAUCAUUUCAAGUGACAGCAAGUAGCUUAAACCACAAGAAGCUUCAUCUGUUAUCCUGUGAUGUAUCCAACCAUUGAGCAGCUAAACAUAGCAUACAUACUUUUCAUUUUUCAUAAGCAUCAGAAAUGUGCAAAUAUUAUGGGAGCUUGGCUCUGUGAUUCCAUAUAUUCUGAUUUUAUCAUCACACUGUGCUGGCAGAGAGGAGAAAGUGCUACUGCUUCGCUUUUCAGAAUCUGUUCUCUGGAAGAAUGUGAAAUGAAGGCUUGAGUUCUAAUGUUUUAAAUGAGUGAUUUAAUCACCUUGUUUACAAUUUUGUAUACCUUAUGUUAACAUGUAUUUCUUAUUGGUUCUUACUGCCACACCACACAUGUUUUCUAAUUUAUUAUGGCUAAUUUUUUUUUUUCCUGGAAAAGGAUUGGUGGGUCCUUGUUCUGGUGUUUGGCAGAUGUAGAAGCUAACCCAUGUAUGUUGAUCUUUUAAGAGUUAUAAGGCUGAAUUUGUUGUUGGGGUUAGAAGAGUUUAGGAGCAGAGGGACAAAAGUAUGUUGAUCAGUGCAAUUUUUAUGAUUUAACUUGUACUUGAAAAUUGUUGAUAGGAUGUUUUUCAUGAUUGGAAAACUUAUGGAUUCGAUAUUAUGUGAAAA